AUGUCAAUCAGAACUUCCAAAAAAAAUAAUAAUAAUAAUAAACAAAAUGAAAAUAAAAAAAAAAUUUUAAAUAAUGAAGCUGGUGGUAGUAACGAUAAUAAUAAUAAUAAUAAAAAAAAUUUAAAUGAUGUAAUUGAAAAUGAAGAUGGUGGUCAAUUUUGGAAACAAAUUAUUACAAAUUUAUUUGAACAUGAUUAUAUUAGUGGUGUUGUUAUUUUUGAUUUGAAUGGAAUUGUAAUUACAAAUAAAAAUAUUAAUACCAAAUCAUUUCCAAAACAAGGUAUUAAUUUAUCAAAAUAUUUUGAAAAAACUCCAUUGGGUCAAUUAAAUAAAGAAGUGGUUGCAAAUUGUGGUAUUGAAUUAUUGGGUGACGGUUAUAUUGUUGAAGGUGUAUCAAAAUAUUCUAUUUACGGUUUUAAUUCUAAAACCAAAUGUGGAUUUUCACUUGAAAAAACUAAAACAACUUUUAUUUUGGGAACAUUCAAUGAAAAACAAGAUAAAUUUGAUGCAUUUGGUGUAAUUGGUAGUUUGGCUAAUGAUUUCCGUGCAAUUGCUUUAUAA